AUUAUGCACAACCAAAGUUUUAUAACUGAAUUUGUCCUCCUGGGACUUUCACAGAAUCCUACUGUUCAGAAAACAGUAUUUGCUGUGUUUUUCUUGGUCUACCUUGCAACUAUUGUAGGAAACAUGUUGAUAAUAUUGACCAUCCUCUGUAGCCCUGCUCUGCUAGGGUCCCCCAUGUACUUCUUCUUGGCAUUUCUGUCCUUCUUAGAGGCCUGUUUGUCCUCUGCUAUCACACCAAAAAUGAUUGCAGACUCCUUGGAUGAGAGGAAAACAAUCUCUUAUAAAGGAUGCAUGAUUCAACUUUUUGCUGAGCACUUCUUUGGUGGGGUAGAGAUGAUUAUCCUCACAUCUAUGGCCUAUGACCGCUAUGUGGCCAUUUGCAAGCCCCUGCACUACUCUGCCAUCAUGAACUGGAGGCUCUGUGGCAUUCUGGUAGGGGUAUCCUGGACAGGGGGCUUCUUGCAUGCCAUUACAGUGGUUCUGUUCACUUUCCAGCUGCCCUUUUGUGGCCCUAAUGUCAUUGAUCAUUUCAUUUGUGACUUGCACCCAUUACUGAAGCUGGCCUGCACUGACACUCACAUCCUAGGCCUUUUGAUGAUUGGCACUAGUGGAUUUAUGUGCAUUAUAAUAUUCUGCCUACUGCUGGUCUCCUAUGGUGUCAUCUUGUUCUCUCUGAGAACACACAGUGCUGAGGGGCGGAGGAAAGCUCUGUCCACCUGUGGAUCUCACAUUGCUGUUAUGGUUUUGUUCUUUGUCCCAUGCAUAUUUAUAAAUGUCCGGCCUCCUUCUGUCUUUCCCUUUGACAAACUUGUGGAAACGUUUUAUACUAUGUUCACCCCCUUGCUCAAUCCUUUGAUUUAUACUUUUAGAAAUAAAGAAGUUAAAAAUGCAUUAAGGAAAAUGUGGAAGAGAUUGGUGUUAGUUUCUCAUGAAAAGUAA